CAGGCAGCGACCGGAAGCGGAAAUAGCCUCUGGUUGCAGGGAGUCUCAGCUUCCAGCCGUCCCUGAACCCAUCUAUUCAUUCCACCCAUUUAUCUACCUUCUCAAAGCAUUAAAGGUAACACAUCAGGCACCAUGACCCAGUCAAUGAUACGCCGAACCCUCAAAAAUCUUGUUCAGAAUUUUUCUGAGGCUGAGGUAAAGGUGAGAGAGGCAACCUCUAAUGACCCUUGGGGGCCGUCCAGCUCGCAGAUGUCGGACAUCUCGGAUCUGACCUACAACGUGGUGGCAUGCAAUGAAAUUUUGGGGAUGUUGUGGAAGCGCCUGAACGAUGACAAAAACUGGAGGCAUGUAUACAAGUCUUUAACGCUACUGGAGUAUCUCCUGAAAACCGGUUCUGACCGCAUUCCAAAACAGUGUGAGGAGAACCUUCAUAUUAUUAAACCUCUUCUUGAGUAUCGUUACACGGACAAGGACGGGAAAGACCAGGGUGUGAACGUCAGGGAAAAGGCCAAGAUAGUGAUGUUACUUGUACAAGAUGAGGAGAAACGAAAAGAAGAGAGGGAGUCCGCCAAGAAAACCAAGGACAAACUGGCAAAUGCCUCCUCAGAGGCGAGUGACAAGCCAAAGAUCAAAGAAAUCCCGCCGUAUACGGGUCUUCCGUCUUUGGACAGCAUCCCCUCAGUGGCUGAUCUAACAGCCAGCAUGGCCAAGAAAAAAGAAGAGAAGAGGUUGCAAGAAGAAAAGAAGAAAGAAGAAGAACGACGGGCAAAAGGAGACACGGAGCCUGACCUGUGGGAACAAGCAGCAACAGCAGCACCUCCUUCCAGCGCAGAUCCUUGGGGAGCUCCAGCUGAUGCCCCGAAAGCCGAGGGCUCUGCUAAGAACGACCCUUGGGGCGCACCGAAAAAUGACUCCCAGGAUUCAAAUACGGCUUCCGGUGACCCUUGGGGGGAUUCAGCAGACAAAAUGGAAAACACUGUUGUUCCUUCCAACGAUCCUUGGGGGGAUUCACCAGAUGAGAAAACAUCGCCUCCUGCAAACUCUCCAUGGGGUGACUCGGCAGACACUACAGAAGACAAAGGCCAGGCUAAUAAUGACCCAUGGGGCACGUCCAAUGACUUUGUGGCCAAUUCACAGACAACAAAGGCAGAUCCUUGGGGUGCGCCGGUAGAUUCUGUGGAAAAGUCUGCUCCUGUAGCAUCAGACCCCUGGGAGACACCUUUGGAGACACCUCCGGCCAAGUCAGAUCCAUGGGUUGGGGAUAAUGGAACUUCAGCAGGGUCACCAGCCGAUCCUUUUAGUGAAGGCCCGAAAGCUGAUAAUGACCCAUGGGGCACAAUAGCCUCUUCAUCAGUUCCAACCAAUGAUCCCUGGGGAGCUCCAGCAACUCUGACCGAUGCAUCAGCAAAACCCGACCCUUUUGGUGAUGGAGGAAACUUAGGCACUUGGGGGGCUCCAUCUGAGAGUGACUCGUCCUCAUCUGUGCCCACCGAAGACUCCAAAAAGUCUAGUUUCUUGGGGGAGGGAGCCUCAUUGGUGGAUCUCGACUCUCUUAUGUCAUGAAGGAAUUAAAUGACCCGAGUAUCUAAUGUGGACCAUUUAAAUUAGAUCAUGUUUUUCGUGGCUAGAUGUUCUCACUGUAGGCGUAACUCUCCUCCCUUUUUUUUCGUUUGCAGCACUCAAUUCAAUUCUCUUUGGGGUUUUUUUUUUUUCCCUAAAACAAACAAUUACAUGGUUGCAGCAUCUCAAAAGGCAGUGGUUGGAUUUUUUUUUGUUUGUUUGUUUUUUUUUUUGCAGUUUCCAUCCAGCAAUUAUUAAUUAUACAUACUUUUAUUUAUUUAUUCACCCCAUGAGCUUCUCAUGCAUGCUUAAACCCACCAGGAUGCCUAUGAAACCACCUUCUUUAGUUUGAUCCUCAUUAAAAAUUAUAUAUAGAAAUGUUUUGGGGAACUGAAAUGAUGAAAUGUAUGUAGCGAUUUUUUUUUUUUUUUUCUUCUUUUUUUUUUUUCCUUACCCCACCCUGCCUUAAGAUACAUCCAUAGAUAUUUACGUUUCAUACACUACCAUCUUUGAGCCUAUUGGGUGUGCAAAAAUGUGACAAUAUUUUGAUCAAGUUGCUUUACCUGUAGCCUUCUUUUCUGCAAUGGUAGUCCAGAGAAUGAUGAAAGCUUUGUUUAAUGUUGUUUGGUUUCCUCGUCUGGUGUUUUGUUACGGCAUUAAGGACAUUUCAGGCAAGUACAGGGGUGGGAGUGAUUUUUUAUUAUUAUUUAUUUUAUUUUAUAUGGAUAAAUGUUUAGAACGUAACCUGGUGAGUACAUUGCGCUUUUGGGUUUAUUGAAAGCCAGAAGCUAUGAAGUCCUUCCUCGAGUUAAUAUUACCGCAUGCUACUAUACUACUUAGUCUAUAGCUACAGAUUAAAGUGCUCCAUGACCACAAUGAAUUUGUAUCAUAUUGACCUACUGGAGGUUCUUAAGAUUAAUGCUGCAUUUUAAACUGAGCAGAAGAUUCAUUGCUGUAUUCACUCACCUGUAUGGCGCCCGAUGCUCCUCGACAUGUCCGUGUGAAUUUGGAAGGUUGUUGUACCCAGGGUCUGGGUUAUUUUUUACACCAUUUGUGGAACAUCCAAAGUUUUGUGAAGAACAGCGCACAACUGGACACAACAGAAAAAAAUACUAUCGAAGUUUAAACAAUGCAUCUAGUUGGCUUAAAACCCAGAACCUUUAAAUAAUUAAGCAGUUGAAACUGUUUAAAGGAAACUUAAGUCGAAAGAAUGUAUUAUUUAAAAGACGUGUAUUUACUCUGAACAAAGAUAACAUUGGAAGCACUGACUGGUGAAGGGGAUAAACAUUGAUUAUUGCAUUACAAUGACGCCUGUGUUAAAGGAGUGGGGUAUAUUAGGCCGCAACAGUCAGUUCUCAGAAUUGAUGUGUUGGAAGCAGGAAAAAUGGGCAAGUGUAAGGAGUGACUUUUGACAGUGCUGUGGUUGUACCUAUCAAAAGUUGUCCAAGAUAAAACAACUAGUGGACCAGCUGCAGGGGAAUGAUCGACCAAGGCAUGUAUGGACAUCUAUUUGAAACAGAGAGAAUAGAGACGGACUAUCAAUAUUUAUUUAUUUAUUUAUUUAUUUAUUGUGCUUUUGUAACCUUUAUUGACCUUAAUGCUGGACAGUAUAAUUUAAUUUCGCUAUUAUGAAAGGGAAUUUGAACGAUUGCUGUGCUGUAAAUAUGAAUUGUAUUUUGAUUGGUAAAUAAUAUAUAUUUAUUCUAUUGAGUGGUGUUUCUUGUGAACGUGUACAACAGAAAAAUAAAAUUAAAACUCGAAAGUG